AUGGCAGUCUGGUAUCUCUACUCCAUUUUAGGACUCAUCGUACUCUCCAUCUUCACCAAGCACUUUCUGAACAAAAUCCAGAAUCUCCCACCAACGCCAUUUCCAUGUUUACCCAUCAUCGGCCAUCUCUAUCUCCUCAAGCAACCCAUUCAUGCAACUCUCUCUCGCAUCGCCAAGCGAUACGGCCAUGUUCUUCUGCUCCGACUUGGGUCCCGCAAAGUCCUCGUCGUCUCCUCGCCGUCAGCCGCUGAAGAGUGUCUCACCAAAAACGACAUUGUUUUCGCCAAUCGUCCCCGAUUUCUGAUCGGCAAACACUUGGCCUACAAUUUCACCACCAUCUCUUGGGCACCCUACGGCGACCAUUGGCGGAACCUCAGGCGAAUCGCCUCCCUCGAGCUCUUAUCACCCACCCGCCUCCAAAUGUUGUACGACAUCCGAGCCGACGAGAUGAGGAUGAUGAUUCGCACCCUCUUGGAUAGUCAAGAACGCGUUGUUGAUUUGAGACCAUUGUUGUUCGAGUUGACGCUCAACAUGAUGAUGAGAAUGAUAACAGGAAAGAGCUACUACGGUAAGAACGUAGGAGACCUUGAAGAAGCAAAUCGAUUUCGUGAGUUUCAUGUAGAGACUUUUAAGUUGGGUAGUGCAACUACUAUUGGAGAUUUCUUUCCAUGGAUUAAAUCUUGGAAUAUUGAGAGGAGGAUGAUAGCGUGUCAAACGAAGAGAGAUGGGUUCACGCAGGAGUUGAUGGAAGAGCGAAGAAGGAAGAUGAAAGCUGAUAGUUAUUAUGGAGGGAGGAAGGAGACGAUGCUUGAUGUCCUGCUAUCGCUGCAAGAAUCGGAGCCUGAAUAUUACAGUGACGAGAUUAUCAAAGGCCUUAUGCUAGAUCUUAUCUUGGGUGGGACUGAUACAACUAUAAAUACAAUGGAGUGGGCACUUUCUCUGUUACUGAACCACCCAGAAGAGCUUGAACGUGCCCAAAUUGAAAUCGAUAAUCAUAUAUCAGAGGGUCGUCUUCUUCAUGAAUCAGACUUGCCCCACCUUCCAUAUCUUCGCAGCAUCAUAAAUGAAACAAUGCGUAUGUACCCAGCCCCCUUGCUAGCACCUCAGGAAUCAUCAGCAGAGUGCAGUGUAGGAGGGUUUCGUAUUCCAGCCGGGACAACACUGAUGAUUAACGUGUGGGCAAUACAAAAUGAUCCUAAUAUCUGGACUGAUCCAACAAACUUUAAGCCAGAGAGAUUUAAAGGGAUCUCGGAGACAACCGGGGUAAAGGAUGUUUUCCGUUUGAUGCCAUUUGGGUAUGGGAGAAGAAGCUGUCCUGGAGAUGGGUUGGCUCUGAGGGUGAUAGGGUUGACUCUUGGCUCGUUGAUUCAGUGCUUUGAGUGGACGAGGGUUGACAAGGAGAUGGUGGAUAUGACUGAAGGAAUUUCCUUCACUUUGCAGAAGGCUAGGCCUCUGCAAGCUAAAUGCCGACCAAGAGCCGCCAUGGCUGAAAUGCUUUCUAAAAUAUGAAGCAAGAUGGACUUGUUGUAUUGGAAAAAU